CAUCAAAUUGGUUUCUUUCGGUUUCAGGGGAAAAACACAAAGCAAACUGAAAAACAGGCCCCGAGAAACACACUGCCCGGAGACAAAAUUCUCCCCUUUUUUUUAUCUGUUCUUACUAAUCAAAAGUCCCUCAGGAAGAGAUAUACCAUGGAUGAUAGCUGCGUUGUCUGUGCUGAGACACUUUUGUGGGUUGCAUAUGGAUCAUGUGGCCAUCGGGAGGUCUGCUCCACCUGUGUCAUUCGUCUCCGUUUCAUCUGUGAUGAUCGUCGUUGCUGCCUUUGCAAGUCUGAAUCAAAUAUCAUCUUUGUCACUAAGGCUUUAGGAGAUUAUACAAGGAUGAUUAAUGACUUUUCAGUUUUUCCAGCUGAUCCAAUAGAGGGUCAAGUUGGACAAUAUUGGUAUCAUGAAGGAACACAAGCAUAUUUUGAUGAUAUGGAUCACUACAAGAUGAUAAAGGCCAUGUGCAGACUAUCAUGCAUUGUUUGUGAUAAGAAAAAUGAACAAAGGAAUGAAGGGUCAAAGAGGAGAGCAGGGUUCAAGAACAUUGAGCAGCUGAGAGGCCAUUUGUUCCACCAACAUAGGCUGUUCAUGUGCAGUCUAUGUUUGGAAGGUAGGAAGAUAUUUAUCAGUGAGCAAAAGUUAUAUGAAAAGUCACAAUUAAAUCAGCAUAUAAAGACGGGUGAUUCGGAGGUUGAUGGCACUGAAAGUGAAAGAGGUGGAUUUAUGGGACAUCCUUUCUGUGAAUUUUGCCAAAAUCCAUUCUAUGGAGAUAAUGAGCUGUACUUGCACAUGUCCACUGAACAUUAUACUUGCCAUAUAUGCCAAAGGUGCCAUCCAGGACAAUAUGAGUACUACAAGGAUUAUGAUGACUUGGAGAUCCAUUUUCGUCAAGACCAUCAUAUAUGUGAGAAUGAGGCCUGCAUUGCUAAAAAAUUUGUUGUUUUCACAAACGAAUCUGAACUCAAGAGGCAUAAUGCCAUGGAGCAUGGAGGGCACAUGUCUCGCUGCAAGAGGAAUGCCGCUCUUCAGAUACGAACAAGCUUCCAGUACCGGCGAAAUGAGCAAGAUCGUCAAGGUAGAGGAUGUGUCUCUCAUUCGGAUUUGUCAGACAAUCGACUUUCUUUGGCCAUUCAAGCUAGUCUUGAGACAGCCAAUACAGAACAUCAUCAUCAUGCUUCAUCAAGUGCCCAAGCAGUUUCCAAUCACCAAGCAAGGGAUACUGCAUCAAUCACAAAUGCAUUUGAAUCAUUAGCUACCACAGAAUCUGAGACACCUUCAAGACAAAGCCGUGCUUCAGCACAAAACACACUGGAAGAAUCAUCCUUUCCUCCACUACCUGUGGCUUCAAGGAGAAGUCGACAGAAAUUUAGAAAUCAUUCAGAAUGGAACACUAUGGCUGCUUGCCUUCGUCGCCGGAACAAUGGAACUGUAACUGUUCUUCAUUCUUCUCAAGCUUGGCCAGCAGCAAGUCAUUUAACCAGCUCAUCAACCAGUAGCUCAUUAUCUAAUCUUCCUAGUUCUUCCCAGAGGAAGCCUGUGAAGGUUAAUGAGUCUUCAUCAUCUAGUUAUACAAGCCCUGCUCAGUCUAGACUAGCCACAGCUCAUCUAGUUGCAUCGUCUAAUUUUUCUGUUUUGCCAAGGAUUUCAGGUAGCACCAAUCAGGUUGGCCACUCUGUUUCGAAUACAAACCUUGUAGAUAGACGGUCUUUUGAUACUUCUCUCUCUAGUUUUCCUCCGGUUUCUUCCUCUCAAACUAAUAAGGCACCCUCAAGUAGCCACCCACUGCCAAAGGUGGAAGAUGUUCAAAAUGCUAACAAGAAUCUGGUGGAGAAAAUUCGUGCUGCUUUAGAAUUUGAUGAGAACAAAUUUGCUGCAUUCAGAGAAAUAUCUACAGAGUAUCGCCAGGGCGUAAUUGAUGCAGGGGAAUAUCUUGCCUAUGUUUUUCAGUUUGGUCUGUCACAUCUUGUUCUUGAGCUAGCUAGACUCUGUCCUGAUCCUCGGAAGCAAAAAGAGCUUGUUGAGACUUACAAUUUUAACAUGACUGUUGGUUCAUCUGAAAACAUUUCAAGUAGCGAUGGUGGUCGGUCCAAAAACAAAAAAAGUUCCAAGAAAGGUAAGGAGAAGUGUGAAGCAAAUGGGUUCCAUAAUUCAAAGGAUGCUUUGGCAGAUAGUAUCAUCAGCAGUGUGAAGAGUUUCCAAUCAAAUUAUAAGCCUUCUGAAGAUGAGGUGGAGGUCUUAUCAAAAGAUGGGUAUCGGUCUACCAAAGGCAAAUUAAAAGCUUCUGUGGAUGAUGAACUGUCCAACUUAAUUUCUACCCAUCACUCAAGAAUGGAGCCAAAAUCUGAAAAUGGAUCUCAUUUAGCGGGUGGUGGAUCAGCAAAAAAUGUGGAGACUGGGGGAGUAGGAAAUAAGCCAAAGAAAAAAAUUUCUAAGUUCCUUAGAAACCGUCUAGGUAAUGAUGCCACAGAACUUUUAGAUCUUGGUGAUUCUGAUCCUGGUCCUGGUCAGACUGAAGAAAAAUCAGAUGGAGGUAAGGAGCCGCCUGGAGGGUGGCCAGUUCGUGGAGUUUGGCAAAAUGGUGGAGGGCGGAGACUUGUGUCAAUUACCCAGAGAGACCCCAGAAAGUGAUGAAUUUUCUGUUUAAUCCAAAUGGAGAAGUACUAGUUUUUAAGUAUAGGAUAGCUGGCACCUUAGACACAAGAAUGCUACCAUUUUUAUUUUUAUUUUUAAAUAUCAUUUGUCCUUGUGUUUCCAACUUGGUCUGUAUAUUUUGUGCAGCACUGGCUGGAUUUUUCUAUUUGUUAAUGGACUUUUGAGGUCAGAUUAGAA